AUUUCUCAAGCAUUUGUAUGCCGAGUGCGUCUAUCGCUACCAGAAUGAUACGGCCACAGGCCAACUGGCAACAGAGCCUGGCGAUGGUGGGCUGCUGCUGGAGACAUACACAAUGAUACCGCGCUACUUGGAGCAGGCGGUGCUCAAUGAGGGCACCAUUGAUAUGCAGGAUGUGGAUGAGGAGGCGGCCAGCGAGAACGAGCUCUAUGCCACGGUUCUAUCGGCAACAAUGGCAACAAAUCACCAUUCACAUAAUACAAGUGAAAUGGAAACCCUCUAUUGUCCCGUGAAUUUUGAUGGCUAUCUGUGCUGGCCACGAACACCAGCUGGCACCGUAUUGAGUCAAUACUGUCCCGACUUCGUUGAGGGUUUUAAUAGCAAGUUUUUGGCACACAAAACUUGCUUGGAGACUGGUUCAUGGUUCCGGCAUCCGGUUAGCAAUCAGACCUGGUCCAACUAUACCAACUGUGUGGACUAUGAGGACUUUCAGUUCCGGCAAUUUGUGAACGAGCUGUAUGUGAAGGGCUAUGCACUGUCGCUUCUGGCGCUGCUCAUAUCGAUUGUCAUAUUUCUCGGCUUUAAAUCCUUGCGCUGCACCCGCAUCAGGAUACAUGUGCAUCUGUUUGCAUCCCUGGCCUGCACAUGCAUCGCCUGGAUACUCUGGUAUCGUCUGGUCGUUGAGCAUACCGAGCAAAUAGCCGAGAAUCCGCCCUGGUGCAUUGCACUCCACUUGGUGGUGCAUUAUUUUAUGCUUGUCAACUACUUUUGGAUGUUCUGCGAGGGUUUGCAUCUGCACUUGGUUCUGGUUGUGGUCUUUGUCAAGGACACGAUUGUGAUGCGCUGGUUCAAGCUGCUCAGCUGGCUGUUACCUCUCCUGUUUGUACUACCCUACGGCGUUGCCAGACAUUUCAGUGCCAACGACAAUGCUCACUGCUGGAUGAAUGACAGUUUCUACUUGUGGAUCUUCUCGGUGCCCAUUACCCUCUCGCUGCUGGCCAGUUUCAUCUUUCUUAUCAAUGUGCUGCGGGUGAUUGUGCGCAAGUUGCAUCCACAAUCGGCACAGCCAGCACCGCUGGCCAUACGCAAGGCGGUGCGUGCCACAAUUAUUUUGGUGCCACUUUUCGGGCUGCAGCACUUUCUGCUGCCCUAUAGACCCGAUGCUGGCACCCAGCUGGAUCGCUUCUAUCAGCUGUUGUCGGUGGUGCUGGUCAGCCUGCAGGGCUUCGUUGUCUCAUUUCUGUUCUGUUUCGCCAAUCAUGAUGUGACCUUUGCCAUGCGUACUCUGUUGAACAAGUGGAUGCCCAGCUUGGUCGCACCGCCGCCGGCCGGGAGUAAUACUGGACAAUUGGCAACAACCACGCCCAGUCGCGAGCUGGGCGUCUAAACAAAGGCACUGCACCGUGCAGAACCUGGAAAUGGCCCAGCUGCGCUUCUAAGUACCACCAAGUUAGACCAGUGAGAUCCAAGGCGAUGCCGCUUGGCGCAUGCUGAACUCCAGAUGCUAUUGCAGGCAUAUCAACAUUACAACGGCAACCACAGAUUGUUUGUAUUUAAUGUCUUGUCUAUUAUCCAUUUAAAUGUAGCUAUACCCAUUGUUUUCCUAAUUUUAUUCUAGCUGUAGUACAUUUUUUUUAUUAGAUUUUCCAAAACUUAGAGAUACACGGAAAUUCGCAUACGUACUCCAUGUACCUACAUGACAAAUGUUUGUGCCAACAAAGAUUGCAAAAUAUA